AUGGAGGAGCGGCAGGGCGGGGGACCCACAGCGCACGCGCGGCCGCCAAAAGGAGCCGGGACGGCGGCGUCGGGCGCCGCGUCGCCGGGGACAGCGUUUGUAAAGGUGGCUUCUCUUGCAACGAGUGCAGCGGCUUCGGGCCGAUCCGGACCUCCACAACGAGCCGCCGGCGCGCAGCUGCAGCAGAGCGGGGGAACCGGACACAAGGUCCCGAAGCAGAGCGAGCGGGAGCCUCCGAAGCAGCCGCUGGUGACUCCGCACGACUACAUGCUGUCGCUCUACUGGUCUCUGUCCAGCGGGGACCUGAACGGCAGCGCGCUGCACGAGGCGGGCCUGGCCAACACCAUCACCAGCUUGGUGGAUAAAGGACAAGACGAGCGUGGGCCCCAGCUCAGACGGCAGAGGUAUCACUUUAACAUCAGCUCCCUGGAACGAGACGAGCUCCUGGGGGCCGAGUUACACAUCCUGAGGAAGCGUGUGUCCGACCUCCGCAGAGCCAAGGACAGAGAGGCAGGAGGAGGGUCGCCGUGCCUGAAGCUGUCCACCUGCGCUCCAGGCAAACACAAGCCCGUCCUGCUCCAGACCAAGACCCUGGAGGAUGCAGGCAGCGGCUUCAGCAGGUGGGAAGUCUUUGACGUGUGGAAAGUCUUCAAAGGUUUCAAGAACCAGCAACAGCAGCCUCUCCAGCAGCUGUGCUUGGAGCUGGAGGCACUGGAGCACAGAGGUGGCGCCCUGGACCUGCGCACUCUGGGCUUCGCCCGACCCGCCAGGACCAGCAAGGAGAAGGCCUUCUUCCUGGCGUUUGGCCGAAGCAAGAAACGCGACCUUUUUUACAAUGAGAUCAAAGCGCGAUCCGGCCACGACAACAAAACCGUCUACGAGUAUCUGUUCACCCAGAGGCGCAUGCGACGGGCGCCGGCUGUGAGGUCGGUGAAGAAGCCGCUCCAGCCCAACUCGCUGCCUCAGCACCAGGCGGUGAAGGCCAAGGCGCGCUGCACCCGGAAGCCUCACGUGAACUUCAAGGAGAUGGGCUGGGAUGACUGGAUCAUCGCGCCGCUGGAGUACGACGCCUACCACUGCGAAGGCGUCUGCGACUUCCCCAUCCGCGCCCACCUGGAGCCCACCAACCACGCCAUCAUACAGACCCUGAUCAACUCCAUGGACCCGGGGGCCACGCCGCCCACCUGCUGCGUCCCCACCAAGCUCACCCCCAUCAGCUUCCUACAUAGACUCGUUCCCAACAACGUGGUGUACAAGCAGUACGAGGACAUGGUGGUGGAGGCUUGUGGGUGCAGGUAGCUGCUGAGGAAAGACGUUUGAGCUCAGCACCAAGCCAAGACCUGUUAGAGACAGACUGAGACUAUCAGGCUGCAGCACAGGGUCAAAGACACGAUGACUUGGAAUGAUGCACCCGAUCACACGUUGCUGUUGUGUCUGUAAAAAGUGUGACUUGUAAUCAAAAUGCCUAUUUCCUUUGCCCUGAGUCAUUUCUACACCUUAUCUGAUACUUUUCUAUGAAGCAUUUGAAGAAUUUCCUAUGUCUAAAUAUCAGCGAGUGAGGAAGUGAUGAUCUGACCUAUUCCAAUAAAAAGUGUCUGAAUGAGUGAGA